UUCUUUCCACCUUGGUUGGUUACUUUCUAAAUCGUUUAAUUUAAUAUACAAGUUAUAAAUAAAUCUACCUAGGAGAUCCCAAGCAUUUUUCCCCGAGAGAGAGAGAGAGGGAGAGAGAAAAACGGGGUUUUAGGUUCAGAUUCGGCGUUCCUGCCGCCCCCUUUCUUUCUCAUUCUCUGCCUUGCCGCCGCACACUCAAUCUCAUUCACCGCUACACCUCCUUUCUUCUCUGUUCUCUGUUCGCUUUCUCGACCCCCUGCUGAUCUGAUCCAUCUUCUCCACUUUAGAACUUCAGGAGAGUAAAGGAGUUUGACAACCAUGGGCAUAGUUUUGGCUUCAUCAUCAUCAUAAUCAAUAUCAAUAUUAGGAUCAAGAUCAUGCAGGUUGUUGAGAAGAAGUACAUGACCCCGGAGGAGCUGAAGGAGCAUAACAAGCCAGGGGACUUGUGGAUUUCGAUCCAGGGGAAAGUCUACAACGUCACAGAUUGGGCCAAGGAUCACCCUGGCGGUGAUGUUCCCAUUACAAACCUUGCUGGCCAGGACGUAACCGAUGCGUUCAUCGCUUAUCAUCCUGGCACAGCGUGGCAAUAUCUCGACAAGUUCUUCACCGGCUACCACCUCAAAGACUUCAAUGUCUCUGAGGUCUCCAAGGAUUACAGGAAACUCUGGGUCGAGUUUGUGAAGAUGGGGCUAUUUGAGAAGAAGGAACAUGUUACUCUAUACACACUGUCUUCAGUUGUUGUCAUGUUUGCCAUUGUGAUCUACGGUGUCUUGAGCUGCACUAGCGUCUGGGCUCAUCUGGGAUCUGCCCUUUUGCUUGGUUUGCUUUGGAUGCAGAGCACAUAUGUUGGACAUGAUUCUGGACACUAUGAAGUUAUGUCAAGCCGCCAAUACAACAAGUUUGCACAGAUCCUUUGUGGGAAUUGCUUGACUGGAAUAAGCAUUGCAUGGUGGAAGUGGACUCACAAUGCACACCACAUUGCUUGCAAUAGUCUUGACUAUGAUCCUGAUCUACAACACAUUCCGGUUUUUGCCGUGUCUUCACGGUUCUUCAGCUCUAUGAAAUCUUACUUCUAUGGUAGAUACCUCAAGUUUGAUGCUCUGUCUAGGUUCUUGGUGAGUUACCAGCACUGGACUUUCUACCCGGUGUUGUGCUUUGCAAGGGUAAACCUUUACCUUCAGACAUUUCUGCUAUUGUUCUCGAGGCAGCGUAAUGUCCCGGAUAGAGCUUACAACAUAACUGGAAUCCUUGUGUUCUGGACUUGGUUCCCACUCCUUGUUUCAUGCUUGCCAAAUUGGCCGGAGAGAGUGAUGUUUGUGGUUGCAAGUAUGGCUGCAUGCUCAAUUCAGCACCUCCAAUUUUGCCUCAACCAUUUUGCGGCAAAUGUGUAUGUUGGGCCGCCGAGUGGGAACGAUUGGUUCGAGAAGCAGACGAGUGGGACACUGGAUAUCUCUUGCUCAUCUUGGAUGGAUUGGUUCUUUGGUGGGUUGCAGUUCCAGCUUGAGCACCAUUUAUUUCCAAGAUUGCCAAGGGCACAAUUGAGGAAAGUUUCACCAUUGGUGAUUGAUCUUUGCAAGAAGCAUAAUUUGCCUUAUAGGAGUUUAUCUUUCUUUGAGGCCAAUCUAUGGACUCUAAAGACCCUAAGAACUGCUGCAUUGCAAGCCAGGGACCACACUAUCCCUCCCCAGAAUUUGCUAUGGGAGGCUUUCCACACUCAUGGUUGAAGACAGCAUAGUUGACAAUUGUGACUUCUCUGGAGCAUAUUAUCAAACACCUUGUGGUGUUAGUUUUAUUUGCCCCUUGUUUUCUGAAUUGGGCAAUUGGAGCGAGAUUAGGAUUAUACGUCUAUCGGGAAUGUAUCAAAUUAUGAGCGAUGAUUCAUUCAAUAAUAAAAUCUUUUCCUUUUAUGAA